CGUGCAUGCAGUGUGUGAAAAUAUAGAGGAAGCAGCAGUCACGCAAUAUAAUAACAGAGACAUAACGGACACUAUCAGCAUCCAGCUAUGCAGCCACCACCUAGAAAGGUAAAGGAGAGCCAGCAGGUGAAAUUGGUGUUCUCAGAGCAGCUCAGCAGAUUGCAGACCAAACAACACCAAGACACUGAACUGCUGGAGGAGAUCAGGACCUUCAGUAAGCAACGAGCCGCUAUAGAGAAAGAAUAUGGUCAGGCUCUUCAGAGGUUAGCUGUCCAGUACCAGAAAAGAGACUGGCAAAGAGGAAAUACAGAUGCUAUCACUUCUGGGAGUGUGUUUGGUGUGUGGAGGUCAGUUGUAGAUGCCACAGCUCAGUCCGCCGCAUCACGACUAGCUGCUGCAGAGGAAUACCGCCAACUGAUUGGACACGCCUCCAGGAGUCUUCGCAAUGCAAAGGACAUCCGAGCUAAGAGAGGCCUAGAGCAGCUCCAGAAGGUGCAAGGGGAAGUGGUGGAUGCUCUGCGGGAGCUGCACAGGAUCAAGAAGAGCUACCACCAACUCAGUCACAUCGCCAGUGUUGCCAGAGAGAAAGCAGCCGAUGCACAGAGCAGAGCCAGAAAGAGUGAACAUGGAAUUUUCCACUUUAAAACUGGACUACAAAAGAUGACCGCCAAGCUCAGUGCCAGGUUGAGAGAGUGUGAAGAUCGUUUGACUGAAGUUCGUAAUGAGUAUCUGCUGGCAUUAUCAGCAGUCAACGGCCAUUACCAACACUACUAUACGAAUGACUUACCACAAAUUAUGGAGCAAAUGGACGGUGAUGUUUAUGAUGAUUUGAGAAGCCAUUUUACUGUGCUGUGUGGGACAGAGAUGGAUACCUGUCUGACCACACACAAACAGUACGGCACAAUAUGGGAGUGUGUUGCUAAGGUGACCAGAGAGAAAAACGUUCUGCAGUUUCUUCAAGAAUCUGUCUCCUUCAGCAAAAUUCCUGAAUUCACCUUCCAGCCAGCUCCACGUGACAAGGUGUCGACUCUACAGGAGGUUUGUGCUUCAGAAGCAGAAGGCUGUCUGGUUAAAGAGGCCAAGAAAUGGGCUACAAAAGCUGCUAAGGACUAUAAGAUCAUCACCCAUGGAGAGAGGGCUCUACAGAUGUUGGAGAGUCGGUUGAAGCUGCUGUCGGGGGAGACGGGGCUUAGUGUGGAGCAGAAGAUAGCAGAGGUGCAGGACAGUGUCAGGAAAGCCAAGCUUAGCAGGGUGAAGGCAGAGGCCCGUCUGGCUCUGUUGUCAGACAGUGUCACAGGAACUGAACUGUGGCUUCACAAUGCCAUGAACCAGGCAGAGGAGGAGCUGGAGAGAGAGAGGCGCCUCAGUGAACAGAGGAAGUCCACUGAGGACUAUUCAGAGGAUGAGUUUGAGCUGACUGACUUUGAGGACUAUGAUGAUGAGAACGGAGACAUCUUUGCAGAUCCAGUGUCAGCAUCUGGAGUGUGUAUUUACCCUGCCGCCUGCAGAGUCAUCUAUAGCUAUCAGGCUAGCCAGUCAGAUGAGCUGUCAAUCAUGGAAGGGGAGGAGCUUCAAGUGAUUGAAGAUGGAGACAUGGAGGACUGGCUGAAGGUGUGUAACUCAUGUGGUCAGGUGGGGUAUGUUCCUGAGCGUUAUGUGCAGUUUCUGUGUCUGCCAGCAGAGGAUGCUGCUCAACUGGACAGUUCUUUCAGCUCCACGUCAUCUACUGGGAAUAAAGACAGGGGAGGGAGCAGAGGUGUAGCCAGAGCUCUGUACUCCUACCAGGCCCAGAGUGCAGAGGAGCUGUCCUUCCAGGAGGGGGCACUGAUUCACCUGAUCCGCUGUCGACAUGCAGAGGUGGAUGACGGCUUUUGGGAGGGAGAGCUGAAUGGACGGAUCGGUGUCUUCCCAUCAUUGGUGGUGGAGCUCGUCCAUGAUGAAGGGGAGGAGGAGGAAAGGGAAGACGAGGAGCCUCUCCCCACCCCAACCAUGCCUCCCUUCUCUCCCCCCAUCCCAACCUCUCCUGACCCUGGCUGUAGUUCAGCACUCAGUGCUACCCCCCCUGGCUGUGCGGAGGAUAAACAGCAGGUCUUUCCUCCAAAGCUCACAGACAACUCAGUAGAGUCUGCAGGCAGCAACCACAAUUCUCCAGAUCUCUCUAGCGGUCGACUAAGACCGUGUCGAGCACCUCCUCCUCCUCCAACACAGAAGCCUUCACCUCAGCCUUGACAUAAGACUGGAGUCACUGAGAUUACAUUGAAGAAUACAUGACUCAGACAUGACUGUUGUGCCUUUUGUUGAAGUGUUAAAUAAACAACUUGUAUUUGUUUGUCAGUAUUUGUUAGGUUUUUUCCAUUAGUCAGCUUAUAAGUUAUAAGGUGAUGUGAAUUUACAGCAAGUAGCAUAAUCAGUCACUAUACUUCAGAUCCGUUGAACCACCCUCCAUGUGACACUUUUACAUUUAAUCAGAAUUCUAAUUAAUUUCUAAAACAUCUCAUAUUGGGAAACAAAUAAUGAAUAUUUAUAAUUGUAGCAUAUGAAAAGUCAAGUGGCGUGUAGCUGUCUCUUUACAUGCAACUGAGCUCUAUCAUUGAGUAAACUGAUGAUGACCCUUGACUAAGUGAUAUAUUUAAUUUCAUAUAAUAUUCAACGCUUAGCAACAGUGCAGAGCAACUAAUAAACUGUACAAUGAACCCAAAUAGUGAACAUAAUAACUGCAGUUUGUGUUAAGCAGAGCAGAUUAUUUCCCCAGAGUACUGCUUCCUGUUUUCCUGAUAUUUUUAGUAACUUUUUUCUACAACUCUCUGUCUGUAUUGUGCUUUUUUUUAAACAAUCAUACAUAGCAUAUAUUCUCAUAUUGUACUGUAACUGUACUGUACCAUGUUUAUUUGGGUUAGCAAGUUUACUGUUGAAGUCACUACCUGCAGAUUUUAAUAUUUUAUUUGUAAAAGAAAUGAGACUAUUGUGAUGUAAAUUGAUGUGUU